CUGAUGGACCGACACGAAUUCCUCAGCGCUCCUCAAAUUUCUCGAAAAUCUCGGAGGCUCCUGCUUCGACCCCGUCCCGACCGAGCACCCAGACCCGAGACCAGCUCCCGUCCUGCCUGCACAUCCCCCUCCGAGCGGAGCAGCCCCUCAACCACACACGAUGUUGCGAAGUGUCGCCGCGCUCCUCCUGCUCUCCCUCGCGCUCAGCAGCGCCGAGGAGUUGCAGAGCAAAAGCAAAGUGUGUGCCAACGUGUUCUGUGGGGCCGGCAGAGAGUGUGCUGUCAAUGAGAAGGGGGAGCCCAGCUGUCUGUGUAUAGAGACUUGUAAGCCCCACAAGAGGUCAGUGUGCGGCAGCAAUGCUAAGACCUACAGGAAUCACUGUGAGCUGCACAGAGACGCCUGUCUGACCGGCUUGAAGAUCCAGGUGGCCCACGACGGACACUGCCAAGAGAGGAAAAGAGAGCAGGCAGCUGCCAGCCCAGUGGUGUGCUACGCCGCCGACCGCAAUGAACUGCGGGGUCGCGUGAUCCAGUGGCUGCAGACUGAGGUUGUCCCCGAUGGCUGGUUUGUCAAAGGAUCCAACUUCUCCAACAUCCUGCAAAGAUACUUCAAGUCCUAUGACAACGGUGAUUCUCAGCUGGACUCCUCAGAGCUCCUCAAGUUCAUCCAGCACAACGAGUCGGUCGUGGAGAUGCAGUCCUACGCCGACCAGGAGAGCAACAAGCUGCUCAGGAGCCUGUGUGUUGACGCCCUCAUCGAGCUCUCGGAUGAGAACGCAGACUGGAAGCUGAGCUUUGACGAGUUCCUCAGCUGUCUGAAACCUGGCUUCAAUCCACCAGAGAAGAAAUGCGCGUUGGAGGAUGAGACGUACGAGGACGGAGCAGAGACCCAGGUGGAGUGUAACCGCUGUGUCUGUGCAUGCGGCAACUGGGUGUGCACUGCCAUGACCUGCACUGACAAAAUGGCGGCUCUGGAUGAUUCCACAGAUACCGGGGCAGAGAUGACUGAGGAGGAGUGGAACCUCCGUGUGGCUGAGCUCAACAAGCACCAGGAAACCGUGGAGAAGAUGAAGAGCAGCACAAAGGAGGCCUAAACAAGGACGCAGUGAAGAAGAGGAUGCACGCCAUCGACCUUCUUUCAUACUUGAUUUACCUUGUGGCCGUGUGUCAUUGUUAAGCUGACUUUUUUUCUCUGCUUUGUUAAUUAUACAUUUUUACAUUGUGCAAGUGUUUGUGAUGUUGUCUGUUAGAUUCAGGGGCUAUCAAAGAGUAUCCUAGGAUUCCCUUGUGUUCAGUACUGUCAUGUUUGAUUGUAUUACUUUGCCCCAACACUAGCCCCGGGGCAAUUUUUUUUACCACAAUCCUUUAUAUUUUUAUGGUUAGUCUGAAACAAACUGCGUUGUUUCUGGAAAGUGUGAGUCGUUGUUUGAGAAGGCUUACGGUAUUGAGGAACUAUGAGAAUCCAACUGUUGAGAAUGCAGAUCUGAAGACUGACUUCUGCAGACCUGGUGCAGCAUUUUUAGGUUUAAUGGUCAGGAGGUUGGUUGUAGGAGCUGGAAUAGUUAUGAGGGUAUAGCUACUAGUGAUUUUUGAUUUUGCUGCCAUGUAGAACUGCCACUGUCAGCCACUACUUGACCAAUGCACUUCUUUUUCUUUCUCUCUCGCUUCCUCAGGCUUUAGUUUAUCACAUGCCUGAACUUUGUUUAUAUCUUAGUGCUUAGGUGAUGAUUUUACUGCAAAAAACAGAGACAUGAUCUGAAUAUAGCACGAUGAAAACUGAAACCAAAGUCUCGAUGACAUGUUUGAAUGAUGUACAAAACUCUCCAGGUAAAACAUUACUCUGGACCCAGCAACAACACUAUACCUGUGUUUUCAAAUCCACUCUAACAGCAGGACUAGCCUCACUGUAAACUUAGGUAGCUUAGACGCAUCAUUUUUUGGUGCAUAUAAAGUGCUUGUGUGUGUGUGUGUGUGUGUGAUGAGUGUGUGCUGAUGAAGUGUGAUGCUGAGAGAAGCUUGGUUUUGUUAAUAAAAAAAUUAUUUGUUAAAAUCCUGUAUCUGAAUUGGGAGGGUUGACAAUAAAAAUCAGUGCCUUAGACCUUCAGACAGUAUAGGUCUCUCCUUGCCUGCACAGGGGCUCUUAAGGCCACAUGGCAGAGCAAGUGCGCUUUACUGACGUUUAGCAUUAACCUAGUGCUUUGUGACUCUAUCAACUGUGUGAAAGUUGCAUUAUCUGGUUCUAGCUAAACUCUGUAUUUCACCAAAAGUGCAGAGACUGUAAGGAACAUGUAUGUAUGCCAAUAAAGCCCAUACACUACAAAA